AUGGACGAGAUGGCGGCGCCGCAGCCGGAGGCGGUGUCGCUCCCGGAGGACGCCGUCCGUGAGAUCCUCGUCCGCGUGGAAGGCACAGCCGCUCUCUUCCGCUGCGCCGUGACGUGCAAGAGCUGGAGCCGCCUCGUAGCCGACGCCUCCUUCCUUCGUCGUCGCUGGCCGGAUGAUCAUGGGGCGAGCCGCUUCCUCGCCAGGUUCUUGGCCCCUAAACGGCUUGACCGUACCGACCCCAACUUCCGGACAGGGGAGCCCAUGUUUGCGACGUUUCUUGUCCCGACGCCACGGUCGGUGUUCACUCGCCGCUCCCUCGGCUCCUUUUUCCCCGACGCCGACACGUGCCUCCUUGACGGCAUGGAGCCGCUCACUGCGCGCCACGGCCUCCUUCUCGUGCGCCUUUUCCCGGACGUAUCUGCUGGCUAUAAGCACGACAAGUCUGUCGUUAAUCUGGUUGUGUGCAAUCUGCUCACCCGCGUGUGUGAAGUGCUUCCCCCACUAUGUGGACAUUUGAACUUCACCAAAAGCGGCUACGCCAUCCUAACUAGUGCAGAAUGCUCGUCGAGUGCAGAGCAACAGUCUUUGCAAUCGACUUUCUUUAAAGUGUUAAUCAUCGGCACGAUGAAAUUCGGCCCGCCCAGUCUCUAUACGUUCUCAUCCAGCGACUCAAGGUGGAGUAAGCCUAUAAAACUAACUUUUGACACUGCUGGCGGGAUUCGUGACUCUAAGCAUCCCGACACCAUUGUGUCUCGCGGUAAGGUGCAUUGGAGCGUCCGGAACUGGUACCCUGACUACUCUCUUGACAUGGACAUGAAGACGUUUCACAUCUCUCAGACAAUGAUCAUGGACAGAACAACUUACUCGGAAACCAACAAAGACCCACAACUUGCGGUCACGGCAGAUGGGAUGCCCUUGGUGUUACUUCUGUCUAGACCAGGCCUCGAGCUAAAGAUCUGCACGCGGCAAGACGAAAAGAAGAGUGAUGAUGGUGCUAUUGUCAAGGCCGGGUGGCUCACCACGCGUACUGUCGAGUUGAAACCACCUAGGCAGAUUAAAAGAAGGCCAGAGAAAAUAUACAUGAGAUUGUUAGGAGAGAAGAGUGGCACGAUGCUACUCAAGGAUAGCCAGAGGCAGAUUUACAUUGCUGACCUUGAGACAGGAGUGAUGGAGCAGUUUGAGUUGCCUGAUGGUUUUGAUGGGCUUAACCGUCAGAAGGUCGUGUUGUUGGAGAUGGACUGGCCGGCGCUAUUCAUUUCCUGGCUUGGCAAGUGGUAG